AUGGAAAACAACAGGAACACCGGAAACGCCGGAGCCCCACCGCAAGAAAUGCCGACGUGGUUCGUUCGUUGGUUAAACUCCCAACAACCAAGGAAUGUGCCAAACUUCGCGGCGCCAUCGACGUCGACAGCGGUUCAAAGACCGCAAGCCAUCCUUCAGGUACGUCCAAGUACCAGCGCCGCCGCUGAUGUCGAUGGUUGGCAAGUCACUCCACUACCUAGCGACGGGACGACUUCGCCAGAACCCGACCCGGAAAUUCCGGUAGCUCCGGAACCAGCCCCUCUUGCGAGCCCUCUUGUGCAAGAGCCGGGAAGUUCGACCACAUCAGCGACUUCGGGAGCAGUGAUGGCCUCACCACCUAUGCCAAUCACAACAGACAAUGUGGCCGCAAUUUCCGGAGUACUCCGGAGCUUGCUGGAUCGCCCACUCCCAGCUCCUGAACGACCAUCUUUCGAAGGCCUGAAAAGGCAAAAUCCGGUGAAAUUCUUACGAGCCAUUGAAGAAUAUGGACGUUUUUUCGGGCUCGACUCGCAGCGUCUUUUGGGAGUCGCCAUGGAUUGCUUGAAAGGCAAUGCCAAACAUUGGACGGGAAUAUUCCAGAAGAAGUGGCGUGGUUACGAGGACUUUCGACGGGACUUUCUCCGGACCUACUGGUCGGCCAAGCGUCAACGGGACAUCAGAUUUCAAAUCGCUACAGGCCGCUAUGACGAAACCAGGGGCACGAUGCUGUCGCAUUUUGCUUAUUACGUCGACAUGGCGAACAUGUUAACAACACCUUUAUCGGAGGAAGUGUUGCUGGAUGAAUUACUGCGUCACUUCCCCGAAAGAAUACAGUCGUUGUGGGUAUUAGAGAAAAUCUGUACCACCACGGAUGCCGCCGAAUUCCUGGCAGCUCAAGAAAUUCCGGGACAAAAUCCGGGAGAGAAAACCAACAUCGCUCCCAGGGAACGACCCCGCGCAACAGACCACCAGCGGCGUAACGAGCCAAAGCGCCCGCGGCCAAACAUUGACCGCCACGAAGUAACUCGUCCUGCGGCUCCUGCAAAUCGUGGAAAUGGUUUCCCAAAACGCUCAAGUGACGAACAACAAUGGCGCAACAACCAACCCAGCACCAGCAACAACCGUUGGCACAAUAACAACGGAAACAACAGCAACAAUCACUGGCGCAAAAACAACCCCAACGACAACCGCAACAACACAAGUUCGAGAGCGCAGGGUGAAACAUCACGAAACUCCAAGAAUUCGGGAAACGGGGGCGGAGUACAGGACGGGGCCUAA